GAGUGCGCGACACUCACACAAACUUUACUUGUAAUAACGAGAAGGGUGUCGAGUGACACCUCGCGCGACGACACCGUCCGGCCUUGCUACCGGGCAUCGCACCGGCCUUCACACCGGACAUCACACCGAGCUACAUAUCCGGUUACUCAUUUUGCCACCCGAAAUCUCCUGAUUUCCGGUGGAAUGCGCCUAGCUAGCAAUUGCUGGCUAAGCUAGUGCACGGGCCAAAGGCCCGUGACCGCGAGUGACACCCCUUGGUAACAAGCCGAAAGGCUGAGUAUAUAAAGACCGCGGAAAGAGAACGAGUGGGCUCAUAAUCAAUAAUAAUAGCGACGAGUAUAUGUCGCUCGUCGAAACUACAAACUAGACGUAGUAACACAUCUUUCGGGUUCGCUAACGAAAACUGUACAGGAAGAAUAAAUAUAUAUCUCUUGUUAUUAACUCUCGGCGUUAUCUCUUGGAAACCUGAUCCCGAGGAGUCAUCGGCAGCGGUCCCGCACUGUAUCCCGAGACCAGGGAUACAACAAAUUGGUGGCAGCGGUGGGAUUCACUGCCGAAAAAUACCGAAAAGGAAUAAACGCUCCCUAACGGACUCAGCGCACAGAAGAAAACCGCCGAAGAGAAACAUUAAAGCCAGGGCGACAAUUCACCCGAGGCGCAACGAAGCCGACCUGCUGAUUCUCCGAGACAAGGAAGGAAGAUAGCAUCGGACAACAGCGAUAGCAGUGUUAUCUAAGACGACACUGACCUACCGCAACGUGACGCACCAGCCACAAGCAGCUGAGCGACGGACAACAUGCGGCGAUACAUCGCGGUAAUAUUUAUAAUCUGGGUGACGCUAAGUUCCGCAGAAGACCCGGACAUGAAGGCACCGUAUGAAAUAGAAAAAUUUACGCACCAUCCAGGGAUAUAUUUUGAAAAACUAGGAGGAUUACAUCAGGUUGAAUCCUUCUGGAAAGUGGUCAUCAAGAUAGACGUGACGACACUAUCAAAACGACUCGCAUAGGUAGAAAAAUACGUACGCAAAACGGAUAAUCUAUGCAAAAUGAUAGCAGUCAUAGGGAAAGAAACAUGCGAAAAUUUACACAGCGUUAUUGCAAAAGGGUGUGAAAGAACUAAUAAAUUAAUAGAACGCAUAAACUCAACAUACAAUACAAGAAUACACAAAAGAGGAUUAAUCGACGGGAUAGGAUCAGUCGCAAAAUCAUUGUUUGGUACGAUGGACGCAAACGAUGAAAAAUUAAUUAACGAACAACUAACGGUAUUACACGACUCACAGGAAUUAAACAAACACGCAAUAAAAAACCAAAUAAAAAUAAUGCAAGCCACUAUCGCUCACAUUGAUAACAGUGAAAGAACUAUCCGACAAAACGAAAAUACUCUCGCGGACGCGACAGACAAACUAAGAACAAAAUUAUUAGAAGACGAACGCCAAAGUAACUUACACGAAAAUUUCAUAAUAAUUAACGCGGUACUGUCUGAUCUAACACGCGACGCGGAAGACGUACUAGAAUAUUUAACGUUUUUAAAAGAAGGAAUUCUGCAUCCUCGGUUAACACCCAUUUCAAUAAUAAUAGAAUCACUUAAAGACGCUAGCUCGCAAUUGCCCGAAGGACUCUACUUCCCAUUCAGAAUAAAAGAGAAUGAAUGGUCGACAAUAGAGAAAUUUGCGACAGUAGGCGCAUACUGCGAUCAAAUAAAUAUAUAUACUAUUUUACGAUUUCCUCUAAUUUCGAUGCCAAAAUACGAAAUACUAAGUGUAAUUCCGCUACCUAUCCCAAGUCAGAACAACAUUUUCUCGUUCGUAGAAAUUAACAAUCCCCUGAUUGCAAUAGACACAGAACAGCGUACUUACAUAACCCUCGCAAAGAACGACUUGCGGAAAUGCAUAGAGAUAAAUACCGAAUACCUAUGCACGGAAAAUCACCCCGUAUAUCGAAUAAACCCAGACUCUAUCUGCGAGAUAAAAAUGUAUCUAGAAACGAAAGAUCAUUAUAAAAAUUGUAACAUAAAAAAUGCGACGUCGAACCACAGCCUUUGGAUAGCGUUAAGUAAUUCACACUCGUGGCUAUACUCGUCACCACGAAAGCAAGUAAUUACUCUACAUUGUAAAAACCACGGAAAAAUAAAGGAAACAAUUGAAAAAGUAGGUAAAAUUACAUUAAAAAAUAACUGUAAGUUAGUGACAGAAAAUACAAUUAUAAGAUCACCCAAGAUGUCACAUGAGACAAGAGUAGAAUCAUAUCUUCCUCAGUAUAAUAUUUCACUACUACAGAAGCCUGGUUUAGAAAACGAUACAGGUCUCAAAGAAAUAAAAUUAAAAAAUAUUAUACCAAAUCCGACGGAAUUAAAAAAUUCCAAGGAUAAAUUAGAGGAGAUAGACAACAAACUAGAUAAAGAUUCAAGUUCAAUUUUUCAGUCGCCACACUUUAUUUUUCCAAUGGCGACAAGCGGAACAACAAUUGUAAUAAUAAUAAUAGCUGUAGUAAUAGGAUUUAUUAUAAUAGAAAAGAAAAAGCGGAAUAACAAUAAGCGGGUCACAUUAGAUAUAGAUACAGAAUAUACGAUACCAAGAUCUAUCCUAAAACGAAGCAACAGCACACGUUUCUAACACAAAAAACAUAUAUAUAUAUAUAUAUAUGUAAUUAACAACUAUAUGUAAUAGUAAUUAUUAUAUUUUAUAUACAAUAUGAUCCAUUUCCCCCACGGAAAAAAACGUGGCAUUAGUUUGCACAGCUCUACGUCUCGGAUUAACAAAAUCAGACCACACGAUAUCGCGUUACACCGGAACCAAAGAAUCAAAAAACUUCUUUCUGCAAAUUUCGCUCACAUACCGGAUGUGCAUAGCUGAAUUGACUAUGACCAUAUAUGGCCCGAUUUAGGGAAUUACACCCCACCACUUCCAUUCUUACGAGAUUAUAAAAACUGACGACCCAAUCGAGCCCCAAAGACUCGAUACUGUCGUUACGAUAAACAAAGUUCAAGCUCAAGAACAACAGCAGCAGCCAGGCGGAACCAGCCCCGCAAAUUACCCCGGUGACAUAGAGUUUACAACACACACACACAUCAACUCCAAGGACAGGAUGAAAAUUCCUGUGGAAUUUGAACUCAGUCAGCCCAUCGAUGGAGUGCGCCCAUUGGACCACCCAGAAAGAUACGAAAGACUUCUACAAAGCAUCUGCCUCCAACCAACAG